AUGCACCUUGGAAAAAAUAGUUACCAAGGCCAUGACUUGUUUCAAUCCCUACUACCCGCAUAUUUCCACCUCUGUUUUGUAUCAGCUCCUGCCACUCCUGCGCCUGCCAAUACACGCUUGCCUAGCCACAAAAAUUCCGUACACAUUAUGCGACUACCAUCUUCGACAUUACCUCCCCCCUUGGGCUCCCAACCCAUCCGUAUCAACAGCCAUGAAGUGGAAGAAACAGCUCCCGCGGGUCGUGUGUCACGGGCGAAGCGACCACGUCAAAGCUCAGCUAUUGUGCGUACCCCCCAAGUCCCAAGUGUGCACGGUCAAGGUCAAUCCAAUCCUCCUCCAAACAUUACCCCAAGUCGAGUGAUUGUUGAAACCCUAGCGAGCCAGCCCCAUGUGACAGAUAUCAAUCAACCUCCUAUCACCCCUCAGCAACUGGUCCCUAACGUUGGAGGCGAGGCACCCAUGAUGCUUGAUCCGCAGUUUCAACCCCCAAACUUCACCCCCAACCCAAUUCCCGUCAUCACACCCAGUCGCAUCAUCAACAGUGAUGAUACUUAUGUAACCCAAAUGCCCACCAUCACCCCCAGUCGGAUCAUCCACGGCGAUGACAGUAAUGUAGGAACUCCACUGAGUGUGGCCGCAAGACAAAUGCGGCAGGAUACCAGUCAAUUGCACCUUCCGCCCCCCGAACCGAGGUCGGAAGACAACAACGAGUCUGGAAGUGAUCACCAAUUGUCGGACGAAGAAGCCUACAGCGUCUAUGGAAGCAUAGACGGCUUCAUUAGACCCCCGCUAAGCAUGCCAAAUCCUGCCCCCCGACGCCACACUCAGAAGGUGGCGACACAUCCCCUUGUUGAAUCACUGCUUGCGUUGGCCCAGCUUUCCAAGGGUGAUUUGCAGUUGGCUAGGCAGAUGUUUAAUGCGCCCAAAGAAAUCCGAUGGCAAUUACAGGUCGUUAUGUGGCUCAAACAGCGAGCGACACCUCCAGCACCCGCUGCCCACGUUGCAGGCAAUGGUGCUCCAAGCGCACACAUUUAUGGGACGCUCAUCAGGACAAGUGUGCGCCAGAGGGUCCGUGAAAUACUGCUGACACACACAUUGGAGUCAUACAGCCGCCUGCAAUCACUCCACAGGCACCCGUUUGUUCACUCACCUCUUCCACUGGUCAAGGCCUACGUUCUUGAACAACCCGCCGCAUUCCAAAGGCAAACUCUGCCUCCUGGACUUCCUCAAAACAACAACACAAUGUCGAUUCUGCUAACCUUUCUGCGAGCAAUUGUGAAGCAUGAGAGAACUCAUCUUUGGAACUUACUCCUUAUGAAUGUCCGGCAGGAGUCUCAGGUCCGCGAACUUGGCCCAGUCCCCAAACUUCUCAAGCUGAUCUAUCAAAUAGAUCGGCAAUUCCAGCCCCAAGCGGCUAUGCGAGCACCUGAGGAUAUUCAAGCAGACCUCCAUUGA